UGAACGCACCCAUUGGCUAAAUUAGUCAGAUUCUGCACAGACUGAUCUCUGUGAACGCACCCUCUAUCUUUGUAGGAAGUGACGUUCCAGGCAGGUAGAAUUCGACAAUUUGGAAGACAUGGAGGCUGGUGUUUACAGCCGACACUGACAGUUUACUCACAAGCCCAUAAAAAGGAAACCACGCGAAACGUGGACAUUUAAUUCAGCGAGGAGGUGAAUCAGAUUGACUGCGGGUGAAACCAUGGAGUCCAUGCUCAAUAAGUUCAAAAGCACGGUGACAAAGGUAACUGCAGAUGUUACCAGUGCUGUCAUGGGGAACCCUGUUACCAGGGAGUUUGAAGUGGGACGUCACAUUGCCAGUGGAGGGCCAAUGCUCUCCUGGAAGAUCUUCAAAGGCAUAAAAAAAUCCACCAAACAGGAAGUAGCAGUUUUUGUGUUCGACAAAAAAAUGAUUGAAAAGUAUCAGAAAUUUGAUAAAGACCAGAUUAUAGAUUCUCUCAAACGAGGAGUCCAGCAGCUUACAAGACUGCGGCACCCACGGCUGCUUACUGUCCAGCACCCACUUGAAGAAUCCAGAGACUGCCUAGCAUUCUGCACAGAACCAGUCUUUGCAAGCUUAUCUAAUGUUCUUGGACAGUGGGACAAUCUGCCAAGCCCUGUACCUACCGACAUUAAGGAAUAUAAGCUGUAUGAUGUUGAAACCAAAUAUGGACUCUUACAGAUUUCCGAAGGCUUGUCCUUUUUACACAAUGGUGUAAAAAUGGUUCAUGGAAAUCUUACACCUGAGAAUGUCAUCCUGAACAAGAGUGGAGCGUGGAAAGUCAUGGGCUUUGAUUUUAGUAUCUCCUCAUCCAAUCCGUCUGAACAAGAGCCAAAGUACUCCUGUAAAGAGUGGGACCCGAAUCUUCCAUCGCUGUGCCUGCCUAACCCAGAGUAUUUGGCUCCUGAAUACAUCCUCUCUGUGAGCUGUGACACAGCCAGUGACAUGUACUCUUUAGGAGUUGUUGUGUAUGCUGUAUUUAAUGAAGGAAAGCCCAUCUUUGAUGUAAACAAGCAUGGUAUUUUUAAAAGCUUCAGCAAACAGCUGGAUCAGUUGAGCCGUUUAAGUCAAACCAUCCUUCAGAAGAUUCCAGAAGAGGUUCGUGAGCAUGUAAAGCUUUUGUUGAAUGUAACUUCAACUGUAAGGCCUGAUGCUGAUCAGAUGACGAAGAUUCCCUUUUUUGAUGAUGUUGGAGCUACGACACUACAGUAUUUUGACUCGUUAUUCCAAAGAGAUAACCUGCAGAAGUCUCAGUUUUACAAAGGACUUCCAAAGGUUCUUCCUAAAUUGCCUAAGCGGGUUGUAGUACAACGUAUCCUGCCAGCUCUGACCUCUGAGUUUGUGAACCCGGAUAUGGUUCCCUUCGUCCUGCCAAACGUCCUGCUCAUUGCUGAAGAGUGCACCAAAGAGGAGUAUGUUAAAUUAAUCCUGCCUGAUCUCUCCCCAGUCUUCAAGCAACAAGAACCUAUUCAGAUUCUGUUAAUCUUUUUGCAAAAAAUGGAUUUGUUGCUGACCAAAACUCCUCCAGAAGAUAUAAAGAACAGUGUGCUACCAAUGGUUUACAGAGCUCUGGAAGCACCCUCAAUUCAGAUUCAGGAGCUCUGUCUAAACAUCAUUCCUACCUUUGCAAACCUGAUAGAUUACCCAUCCAUGAAGAACUCAUUAAUUCCAAGAAUUAAACAUGCGUGUUUACAGACAUCCUCUCUUGCAGUCCGUGUAAAUUCCCUGGUCUGUCUGGGCAAGAUUUUAGAAUAUCUUGAUAAAUGGUUUGUAAUUGAUGAGAUCCUGCCAUUCCUGCAGGAAAUUCCAUCUAGGGAGCCUGCUGUGCUUAUGGGAGUUUUAGGAAUCUACAAGUGUACGUUUACUCAUAAAAAGUUGGGGAUUACCAAAGAACAACUGGCUGGGAAAGUCCUGCCCCACCUCAUCCCGCUCAGCAUUGAUAACAACCUCAAUCUCAGCCAGUUCAAUUCCUUCAUGGCAGUAAUAAAAGACAUGUUGAAUCGAAUAGAAGCAGAACACAAGACCAAACUUGAGCAAUUGCACAUCAUGCAAGAACAGCACAGGGGAAUGGAAAUUUCCAGUACAAUGAACAAAACCGAAGCGCCUCAGUCAAAUCCAGUUAAUCAGAUUGACAACAUAUUUGGGUCAAAUUCUGUAAGUGGAGGAUCUGACGGGAAAGAAAAUGGAUCUACGGCAGUAGCACCACAACCAUCAAGAGUAUCUCUAACACUGGAGGAAAAACAGCGGUUAGCAAAGCAACAGGAGCAGACUCUGAAACUGAAGAAUCAGAAGCCUCUUGCUCCCUCAAAUGUGACAACAGCAGCUUCUAUAAAACCAACGAAGGAUCUGACCAGCACCCUUCUAGACAGCAUGUCGUCUAUGGGGAACCUGUCUCUAAGCACCAGUAAACCAGCCCCCUCCACAGGAUUCUCCACCGUGUCCUCGAUGGGUACUAUGAGUACGAUGGGAAACAUGAGCAAUGGUUUUAAUUCUAGCAUGGGAUUCCAGCCUUCUGCCAUGAACAUGGGAAUGUGCACCCCCAACCCCAGCAUGUACAGUGGCAUGGCUACGACAACAAGCACACCCAAUUUCAACACCAUGGGUGGGUUAAGUCAGCCAGGUACAGUGGGUGUGUUGCAACAAAACAAACCUGCAAACAUGGUGGCUCUAGAUUCUCUCUUUGUAUCCCAGAAACACAAAGUAAGCUUGAACCAAAUGGCACAGAAACCUGCCCCACCAGCAGCUGCCCCCAGCCCAUGGCUGAACCAGUUUGGGCAACCCCAAGGACCACAGACCAUGAACAUGCCCAUGGCUCCAGUGCAACCCGGGGUGACGGGCCAGGCAGGCUUUGGAAUCCAGGCAAAUCCAUUCUUUAGCCCUCAGAACUUCUCCCAGCCCGGCAUGCCAAAGAACACAAUGAAAAGCAGCACCUCUGUAAACAAUGACCUGAAAGACCUUUUUGGCUAGAACAUUUUUUUAAAAAAAAAUUUAAAUUUUUUUUAUUUUUCCUUCAAUCAUUAACAGAGAAUUAGAUAAUCAGAAUCAGGGGUGAGCUGAAAUGACAUCUACCAUAUCUGUUGUAUUCUAUAUUACUAUUAUUAUCAUUUGUAUGCCGUAUCUAGGUUUGCCUGUUGAUGUGGACCUUAAUAUGUUUUAUUCCAAAAAAUAUAUAUGUUUAGUUACAUUAAUUAUAACUUAAUAAUGGAAUAUCCUGAGCCUCUUGACAUUUUUAUAAUAAACAUGUAUACAAUUUAUGACAUAAAACUUGUUAAAGCACUUUUAAAAAAUAUAUACAGUUAUGUGUAUAAUAACUGGAUGUUUCCCCUGUGUUUUCAGUCCUACAAUACUGCUUUUAGUUUUAAUUGGCACAGCAGUACACUGUGCAGACAGGCAAACAACAAUUUUAAUGUUCAACAGCAGAAAAUGGCAUCCACUUCUGGAAACGUUACAAAGGAGUAAAACUUCAGUUAAAAUUGUGUUUAUAGUUUUGAAUAACAGCACCUUUUAUUAUAAACACUGCAAGAAUGUUACUCUUUAGAUACUGUAGCAAUGAUAGAAAUACUUUAAAGCAGAUUUCAGCACAUCCAUGAUACUAUGCAUUAUUGAUCUGUUUCCAGCUUUGGGAUUUCAGUUCUGAUUCAGGUGAUUUAAAAGUCUUACUGAACAGGCUGUUGAGUCUAAAACACAGUGCAUUGUUGUUUGUAUUCUUGCAAUAUCUUGUUCAACAUAAUCGCGUUUAUUUUUGUAUUUAUUAGCACAUCCCUGGUCAGUCCACAACGGAUUGCUUCGGGUCUUCCUGUCAAAAUGUCUACUGAAUUGGCUGCUAAAAUCCAACCUGUUCAAUUAGAAACAUUUCAUUGGUUCCCGGUUCCUCUCCCAAAGUUCAGCAUUUUGAUUGGUUCCUCUACCCUACUUGCUCGCUUCGGCACAGGUUCAGAGAGGCAGGAACAGGUUGCUAACUGACCAGGGAUAUGUUAAUACAAGUAUCAAAACAAUUACGAUUUUAUGUUAAAAGAUAUUGCAAGAAUACAUUCAGCAAAGCUGAAAGCUAGGGAAAGUAAUGUGUUGUGUUUUAAACUAUACAGCCUGUUCAGUAACACUAUCAGAAUACUUUGCAAUCAUUUUUUUUUUCUUGUUGGUUGCUGCUCAAGAUACCACAGAGCCUUAUGCUAUGAAUGUGAUACAAGUUUUGAACAUACAAUGUUUUUAUGAAGCAGUCGUGCUACUGAGGUACAGAUUGUAAUUGGUGUUUAUUGAUUUUUGUGGGAAAACCGCUGCAUUACUCCCAGUUAUGCUGCUUUGGUUAAAUAACUUUUUUUUUUUUUUUUUCUCGGACCUGGGACCAGAUGGCAUUGCUAUCGAAUGCCUUUGUUUCAAAGUUGAAUUCUAAAUCUGUAAAAAUGUAUUUGCCUUUAAGAUAAAAAAUCUGAUAUUUUCCUACUAUAGAGCCGUAGUAGAAAUGAUCAUGCUGAUCUUUUUGAUGUGCUCAGAUGAUAUAAAAAUUAGUUUCAUUGUACAUAAUCAGUUGCUUAGGAAAUUGAAUAGGCAUUGUUACUGUUCAGUUCUUUCCACUUUUAACACUUUCUAAGUUUCCCAUGCAGAGGAAAUUAGAAGGAGAAUGUACAUUAUCUGUCCAGAUGUAAUAAAGUACUAAAAUAUAA